UGACAUUCUAGGUUUUCUUGUGCGUGUCCGCCUGAAUCUCUAUCUCAAUCCCAGAACUAGUCUUUCGAAUUUAUGAGACCUUCAGACAACGUUUGAAACACACUGGGAUUCUUAUAACGUCCCAUACUAUUCUAAAUUUUGGUGUUGAGAAUCCAUUAUAAUGAUUCUCUCUUUUCUCCUCCGACUCACUUCAUCGUCUCCGGUGAACGUGCUUGCUUCAACAAACCUCCGCGCUUUCGGUCCAGGUCUAAAUCCUUUCGCUCCCUAUAACCUAGCCAAUCAUUCAUGCUCUCGCUAAGCCACCUUUCUUCUUCCAAUCAACGUUGCUUUAUUGCUUUUUUUCUUUCCUUCGUUUGAUCAUGUAAUUGAAUGAUAAUCAACACUCUUGUUUUUCUUCUUCUGUUUCUGGUCUGGUCUUGUCGGAAAAACUUUUCUUCCCAAGCUGAAGGAAUUCAUAGGUUUCUGCUGGGUUUCAGUUGAAACCAAAGUCUUCCCCUUUCAUAGAUUCCAUCAGUUAUAUUAAACCAAACUCAAGAAAAGGUAGCAAUUUCUUUUACCCCUGCUCUAAACAACAAAAUAGUUUUGUUCUUGAACAGUUGAUCCCAGUCUUCAGAUUACUUUCAGUAGACUAUGCUCGCAGACCAGUUAGGUUUGAGCAGGCGGUCUAAAAGGUUGCUUAUGACUGCUAGCAAUAGAGAUGACAGAGGAUGGACUCCACUACAUAUUGUUGCUCUGAAAGGUGACCUUAAAGAGGUGAGGCGACUUCUUGAUGAAGGCAUUGACGCAAAUGUGGCUGCGUGGGGUCCAAAAGCACCGGGUGUGACACCUCUUCAUCUUGCUGCUAAGGGUGGUCAUGUCAAAGUUAUGGACAAAUUGCUUGAGCAUGGUGCUGACAUUGAUGCUCGGACCAAAGGAGCUAGCGGUGGAUGUAAGUGUUGUUACUUGAGUAAAAACUCGUACCACAUUUUUCAUGUAGGUUAAUUGAUCUCAUGUGUGCGUUUCUUCCUUCCUUCAAAAGAUGUAGCAAGCUCGUCCCAUUUUCUAAGGUCUCUUUGGAAUGCGGAGAAGUACUACAGAAAGAAAAUAGGGAGGGAAAAGGAGAUAAUUUGGAAGGAAAAACAUUUAAUUUAUACUGUAUUCUAAAUAGUGUUCCCGUUUUGUGUGUGACUAAUAAAAUCAGUCAUAUUUCCUUAUUUGGUAAAAGUAGUAUCAUCACCUGCCUCCAUUGCCUGCUCCAAAGCAAUAAUCACAAAUUCAGAAGGGAGAGGGAGUAAGUUCAAACUCGACAAUUAAUGUUAAAUAUUGUUUUAACUCAUUCUUAUUAUUUAGUUAUAUGGAUUUAUAGAUAUAUGUGAAAUUUGAAAAAACAUUAAAUGUAUGUCGUCCUUUGUUUUGGUUGUAACCGCAGUCCGCAGGUAAGGAAAACACCUUUUGUUGACAUUUGUAUCCCUUUACAUGGCAUUUUCCUUGAUCCAAGCUUGCUGUAACUGUCAUGAUGAAUAUACAGGGACGCCUCUGCAUCAUGCUGCUAAAGAACGAAAGAAGAAAGCAAUCAAUUUCCUGAUUAGGAACGGUGCUUUUCUGCCGGAUGACAUAAAUGACACCAGAUUCAACCCAUCGGUGCACUACUGUCCUGGUCUUGAAUGGGCUUAUGAAGAGAUGAAGCGCCUUAGAGGGGACAACAGCUCAUCAUCAUCCAGCGCUGGAGAUUGAGAAUGUUAUACUUAGAAUUUCAGUCAACCCUGCGCUGAUUUGGUAUCUAUAUAAUAUGAUGAUAUGAUUUGUUUCUGUCGCUCUCGUGGAUAUUAUAUACUUCAGUAGCCCAUAGACAUGGUUGUUUCAAGGGGCUUUCUUUGUUUCUCAUGCAUUGGCAAAUAUUGAGAAGCAUUCUUGCAGUUUUAAUUUGUUUACUUGUUAGUAAAAGUGUAUUUUAUGUAUCUUUACCCAGGGUAAAGUCGAAAUUUUUAACUCGUAUCAUUACAAUUACCGACAAUCAACGCUGACGCAUUAAUCCCAAACAUUGAUUAUCG